AUGGAGCCACGUAACAUUUUUCAAAUCGUAAGAAACCAGUACCUCGACAACCUCCAUGUUCAGAAAGACGUGCAAAAUGCGGUUAAGAAAAUUAGAGCAUCACAGAUUGACGGAAAGACUCACAUGCAGGCACUGGAAACCAUGUUGUAUGAAAACCACUUCAUUUAUCAGAGCCGGCAGGAGCCUGAAACAGAUGUCGUAACAGAGCUUUUCUUUGUUCAUCCCCAAUCGAGUACUAUGUGGUGUGCAUCCCCGUAUGUGUUGUUGAUCGACGCGACGUACAAAAUAAACAUCAACAACAUGUCAUCUGUCCAGGUUGUGGGUUUGAUGUCGACCAGGAAGUCUUUUUGUAUCGCGCAUGUCGUUAUUUGCAAAGAACGCAGUGAUAACUUCGUAUGGGUGUUUAAAAAGAUCAAGUUAAUGUUGCAUGAAUGUAUGGAAUUUAGUGACUUUCAACUUCUAAGAUUAAAAGAUGAGGACUUUAAACGGCUGUAA